UUCGCAUACACGACAUCUGUUCUGGAAAAGAAAAAUUUUUGAAUAUUAAUUAAAAAGAAAGACUAAACACUUGGUUAAUUGCUUUUGCCUUCUAUAAAUUAAUUGACAUUACUCAAAUCAGAACACGGAUUAACAGUUAAUCAUUAACUUCAAACAUUAGAAAAUUCCUGACAUGGAAUCUCAAGGGAAACAAACCGCAGUAGAGAUCGCACUAAAUAAUCCGAUGAUUUUAACAGAAAUAUUGCAACGGAGGUCCACCCCAUUGAAAGAUUGUCGACUAGUUUGUCACUUUUGGAACGACAUGGUCCUCAACCUCCCAAAUACGAGACUCGCGUUACGACCGGUGAAGAAGGACAAAAACAGACAUAUUUUAAACGAUCCGUUUCCCUUCUUCGCGACAUGUUUCGCAUUGGAUGAUCGACUGGCGAAACAGAUCAGCGCCACGUGUUCCACGGAUUUGGCCGACCCCACCCGAUGCAUUGACUCCUUUGCCACCACACUCAUGCACACAUGUGACAAAUUUAGCGACCUCGUCCAAAUUUUGGAGAUUUCGGUCGACUAUGAAGAAUGUCUAAAGACAGUGUAUCAAGUUUUGAGAAAUUGUUGCCCAAAUUUGAAGCAGUUGCGAAUUGGAUUUACUUUUAGCCCAUAUAGGAGGAAAAGGAGUCGCGGGUGCGAAAUUCUGCCGGAACCGCUGCCUGAACCAAAAUCAAAUUUGACCUUGUUGGCAGUCAGUUCGAACCGGGUGACCCCAUUUCUCACCAAUCUGAUUAAGGUGAUUGUCGCUGCCUCGCCGAACUUGAGGAAUGUCACUCUUCCGUGGGGAUUCUUUCCAGAUUUUGCAAAUUCUAAGCGUCUCGACACAUUACUGAUCGUAUUAGAUGGCCCUCAAAUAAUUGAUAUCGCCCGAGAAGACGGCAACCUGUCGGAACUCUCACGAAUAUUGGCUCAAGUCGGUGAUCAACUGGUCAGGUUGACUUUCUGUGAUUACUUAAGGAAGGAAGAUGUACUCCUAAUAGAUUUUGGGAACUUGAAUCCAACCGGAUUCCGAUUGCCGACAAGAAAGAUGUUGAAAUUAAAAAAGUUUAGGAACCAGAUGGCUGACAUUUUUCAGUGCGACGAUCUCUUGCGGAAUAUCGAAAGUCUGCCCGUCCUGGAAACGUUGGUAAUUGGAAAGGUGUCGAUAAAGUCGAACUGUGUGGAUGAAAUUUUGCGAAACAUUUUUCACUCGGGCAAGAUUUUCCAAACCAUGAAGAACUUGAAGAUUUUCGAGAUGCAUGAACCCACACUUUUGGAUGGACUGAAGACAGCUUUUCCCAACUUGGAGAGCUUGGAGGUGAAAACGUUUAGCAGGACGGAUUUCCGCGGAGACGUGAGUCGGAUGGAGUUGAGCGUGGUACUCGACGCAUUUGGGCGAUGGGAGGGUUUAAAACGCUUGCUUUUGAGGGUGACGGUAUUUCCAGACAAACUGGUUAAUGUGAUCCGGGCUCUGUUGGAGGGCAAAGAAUUGUAUAAAGAGCUUAAAAUGUUUGAAACUGGAAUUUUGAAAUUUGAAAACAAUGUUACGAGACACGAGCUGACAACGGAGGAGAUGGAUCUGUUUAAACAAUUGCUCUUGGCGAUGAAUAGAAUGAACAAGGUUAUCAUUCACAAUCUUCCCUUGGGUGAAGAAUCUCUAAAAACUAUAUCAGAUUUUAUGGUGUCAAACAAAUUGGCCGUGCCAAAGUUUAGGAUAUCUAAAGGGGGAUCGACGAGGUUUGGAAUAGGAAUUUGAUUUUCUGCUCAGAAUCGACGAAACUAGGGAUUUUGGUUUAUAUGGAUUAUCAUUAUCAAAAUUUAUGGCUUUGUGAGGUUUACGCAAAUAUGUGGGUGUGUUUAUGGAUAAAUUUUUUGUAUGUUCAAAGUUGGUACAUAAAUCUGACUCUUUAUAAAAAUAUA